GUCCAAACACUUACAUUUGCAAAACUUGCGAUCUUUUCUCCAACUUUCGUUUGAAGCCCUUCCAGUGUAGAAACAAAUAUACUCAUACCUUUGGACUGUCACCCAAUUCUACCUGGAACAGCAAUUUGUCAUUGCAUUCCCCGUCACAAUGUCUACCGUCCUUCCCCCACCAAGCAAAAGGCAGAGGACCGAUGCAGCGGAAAAAGCUCGAGUACAGCAGGAUUUAGAAGAAAUUCCCGCAGACGCUGGAAGCCUACGCCUUCAAUUCUACGACGAGACAACAGGAUUACCAAUCGGACAAGGCCCAGUGCUGGUACCAGUCGCAGAUGCAACACCAAAGAAUUUAGAGCUUCUUGUGAAUGCUUUACUGGGACAUGUAAGCUUGACAUACCAAUGUUCUUCUUUCACCAAGAGGAUUUUAUCUGAUAAUUUCUCAGGACUCGUCCGAACAUAUUCCCUACCGAUUUACCCUUCCAGUUCCAGACAAGAAGCGUACCGAGAUCACCACUACAGCUUUCCCCACGAACAUUUACAAGACAUUAAUCGCCCCAGCUCUAGUCAGUACGGAAGAAGUUCAGAAUAUAUCUGCUGCCCCUCAAGCUGUUUUCCGAGUUCAGGCAGUCUCAAGAUGUGCUUCAACGAUACCAGGCCACGGAGAGGCAAUUUUAGCAACUCAAUUCUCACCUAGAACAUCAGCAAGGAUGGUUAGUGGCAGUGGGGAUAAUACAGCAAGGAUAUGGGAUUGUGAUACAGGGACUCCAGUGCACACAUUAAAAGGACACACGAGUUGGGUACUCGCUGUCAGUUGGGCACCGGACGAGUCGAAAAUAGCGACGGGUAGUAUGGACAACACAGUACGAUUGUGGGACCCGAAAACUGGAAAACAAUUGGGGAAUCCUAUGAAGGGUCACACAAAAUGGGUGACAAGUUUGGCAUGGGAGCCGUACCACUCGCAGAAAUUAGGGGAGCCUCGAUUAGCUUCUGCAUCAAAGGAUACCACGGUCAGAAUUUGGUCAGCAAACCAACAAACCAUUGAACUAGUAUUGAGUGGUCACAAAGGGUCGAUUUCAUGCGUCAAAUGGGGAGGGACAGGAUUCAUAUAUACCGGGUCUCAUGAUAAAACAGUCAAAGUAUGGAAUACGGACAACGGAAUUCUUGCGCAUACCCUCAAUUCACAUGCCCAUUGGGUAAAUCACCUUGCUUUAUCCACCGAUUUCAACAUCAGAACUGCCUUUCAUGAUCACACUGGCAAAAUUCCAAUUUCAGACGAUGAAAAGGUCAAAAAAGCCAAGGAGAGGUUCCUAAAAGCCGCAACUAUACAAGGUGAGGUCGUUGAGAGGUUGGUGUCAGCGAGUGAUGAUUUUACGAUGUAUCUUUGGGAUCCUUCAAAAGGAACAAAGCCAGUUGCGAGACUGCUGGGUCAUCAGAAACAGGUUAACCAUGUUACCUUUUCGCCUGAUGGUUUACUUAUUGCAUCUUCUGGUUUUGAUAAUCACACCAAAAUAUGGAACGCAAGAGAUGGGAAAUUCAUAAAUACCUUGAGAGGUCAUGUGGCCCCAGUAUAUCAGUGUGCCUUCAGUCCCGAUUCAAGGUUACUGGUAACUGGCAGUAAAGACACUACUUUGAAGGUUUGGGACAUGAGAACACUGAAACUUUCUGUUGGUAAGUCUAUUUAUCUUUCUUACUUGCUCAAGCGAAAUUGUUUUCCUUCUUUAGCUAGUGGCUUUGCUAACUAUCGAUUACAGACCUCCCAGGUCACAAGGAUGAGGUAUACGCCGUAGAUUGGAGCCCUGAUGGGCAGAAGGUUGGAAGCGGUGGCAAAGAUAAAGCCGUUCGUAUUUGGAGGCAUUAGUGGAGCGAA